CUGCGCAGAAGGCGGCGGUUUGGAGGACGGCGAGCCAUGGGCGGGGGUGAAGACGGAGGGUCCUUCGAUUUUCGUCGACUUCUUUUCGACGGUGCCAUAGCUGGAGCAGCUGCAGGCGUUGUUGUGGAAACAGCUUUAUAUCCGAUCGACACGGUAAAAACCAGGCUCCAGGCUGCAAAAGGCAUAAGUAAAAUUGAAUGGAAAGGCUUGUAUGCUGGGUUAGCUGGAAACAUUGCUGGUGUUCUUCCCGCUUCUGCAAUAUUUGUGGGGGUAUAUGAACCAACUAAAAGAAAACUGCUGGAAAUUUUUCCUGAAUAUUUGAGUGCUGUUGCUCAUUUGACUGCAGGGGCAAUUGGAGGGGCUGCUUCUUCUCUUAUUCGUGUUCCUACGGAGGUGGUUAAGCAAAGAAUGCAACUGAGUGAAUUCAAGUCUGCACCUGAUGCUGUCCGCCUUAUUCUUCGUAAAGAAGGAAUUAAAGGUCUUUAUGCUGGCUAUGGUUCUUUUCUGCUCCGAGAUCUGCCAUUUGAUGCUAUUCAGUUCUGUAUAUAUGAGCAACUUCGGAUCGGCUAUAAACUGGCGGCAAAGAGAGACUUGAAAGAUGCAGAGAAUGCAAUUAUCGGUGCUUUUGCUGGUGUAUUUACUGGGGCUGUAACAACACCCCUUGAUGUCUUGAAGACAAGAUUGAUGGUUCAGGGACAAGCAAACCAGUACAAUGGAAUUAUUAGCUGUGCUAAAACAAUUCUACGGGAAGAAGGUGCAGGUGCUUUCUUGAAGGGCAUUGAGCCAAGGGUGUUAUGGAUUGGCAUCGGUGGAUCCAUAUUUUUUCUUGUACUGGAGAAAACAAAAUUGAUUUUAGCUGAGAAGAACAACCACAAAGAGGCCAAACACAGACUGUAGGUUUUGUAUCAAGGCAAUUUCGUAAGUAUAUGCAGUGACC